CAAUGGCCAGGGCUGUCUUUCAUCGCUGCCCGCGGUUUGAAACUGUCAAGUGGCUGCUAGGGUAGCCGCUGUGCUGGCGGAGGUUGCGGCGGCGACGCUGGGGACGCCGCGAGGGAGGAGUCCGAGUUUGGCGGAGAAGUUGCCUGGAUCCAUGGAUGUGGAAACCCAGGGACACUGAAGGCUGACUGUACCGCAUGCCCACAGCUUUACGCAGUACUUCCGGGGCCACUUCAUGCCAGUAUACCUGGUACUGAGCUCAUCGUCCAUCCUCCAAGAGUCAUUUUCCUGCAUUCCUCGCUCUGGGUUUCUCUGUGUGGUGCCUGUCCUGGAUCUCAUCUGUAGACCAGGAUGGCCUUGAACUCACAGAGAUACGCCUGGCUCUGCCUCCCGAGUGCUGGGAUUAAAGGCGUGCACCACCACCGCCUGGCAUGAUUCAGCCUUUUAAUAUGAAAGGUCAUGAUUGUAACUGUUCCUUUUUGUUUCUUCUUUACUCUCAGACCUUGCUUCAGCCUAACCGCAUGCCUGGUUAUUUUUAGCAUCCACGCCACGCCUCUGUAUCUUGCCCUGUGCUGCUGCUCAGUUUCAUCUUUGGUCUGUCUUUCAGGGUGGACCUGCUCAUCUUUCAGGUCUCAAUAUCUGGGCCAUCUUGUCUCUCAGAGAGUUUGAAUAGUUAUUAUUUGUCUUUUCAAUUUCUUUUUUUAUAUAUAGUUUUCUUUAGUUAAGACCUUUAGUCAUUUCAAUGUGUAUAUUUAGUAUGUUGUAAUGUGUAAACUUAAUUUCCUUAAUUUUUUUACAAUAAUAUUCCCAACAUGUAAAUUCCUCAGGAAGGAAAUUUACACCAAUUGUUGGGCUGUCUUAGUUCAACAUCUCACAGAAAGUAUACAGUCCCUGAGAUGUCACAUAAAGCUGAAGAAUGUGUCUGUGCAGGAUGUCAUCUGAUGAGGAUAAAUAUUCAGUCCAUGUUGCUCACGAUAACUCUGAUCCUGAUAGUUCUGUCUCCACAGACCUUCAGGAAGAGUAUGAAGAACUGCUUCGCUAUGCUAUUGUGAAUCCAAAUGUUGACUCCAGUGCUUCCCAGCCGUCUCAUCCGAAGGGAGAAGUGGCUCCAGGAGCUAACCCUGUAAAAGAAACUGCAAUGGAAGUUGGAAAAGGAUGUGACAUGUCCAGCCAUUCAAAAUCAGGGACAUCCCCGGUCCUGUCACCCAGGAAGGUCUCUCAUCCAGUCAUGGAUUUUUUCAGUUCACAUGUUUUAGGUGACUCUUCCUCACCAGCCUCUGCUUCUACUCGUACAGAUGCCCAUGAAAUGAUUGUGGGCGACCGUCUUGUUUCUGAUGAAAAUCUUCAGAAGGUGGAGAAUGUACUUGACCUCUGGAGUUCAGGUCUGAAGACAAACAUUAUAUCUGAACUAAGUAAGUGGAGACUUAAUUUUAUUGACUGGCACCGUAUGGAAAUGAAAAAGGAGAAGGAGAGACAUGCGGCACUUGUAAAGCAGCUCUCUAACCAGAUCGCUGACUUGAAGGAGCUGCAGAAAGCUUUUGAAGUUUCCAUCGGAAGAAAGGAUGAGGUGAUUUCCAGCUUGUCUCAUGCCAUCGGCAAGCAAAAGGAAAGGAUAGAGUUAAUGAAAACCUUCUUCCACUGGCGAAUCGGCCAUGUCAAAUCAAGACAGGAAGUCUAUGAAGGAAAACUGGCUGACCAGUACUUCCAGAGAACUUUGCUGAAAAAAGUCUGGAAGGGCUGGCGUUCCGUGGUGCAGAGGCAGUGGAAAGAAGUGGUGGAGCGCGCGUGCCAGGCAAGGGCUGAAGAAGUCUGUGUGCAGCUCUCCAAUGACUAUGAAGCUAAACUUGCUAUGUUAUCUGGAGCUUUGGAAAAUGCAAAAGCUGAGAUUCAAAGGAUGCAACAAGAAAAAGAGCACUUUGAAGACUCCAUGAAGAAAGCGUUCAUGAGGGGGGUAUGUGCGUUAAACCUUGAAGCCAUGACCAUAUUUCAGAACAAAAGUGAUGCAGGGAUAGACUUCACGAGUAAUAAAAAGGAAGAGAGUGGCCCUGGUGGUCCGGGAAGAGAACUUUCUGCUCAUUUGGAUACUUCUUCAUCUACAAUACCGUCAGCAAUGCCGUCAGCAGUUCCGUCGCAGCUGCUGCCAUCUGCAGCAGCAGGAGGGGCCAGCGCCACGGUCAUUCCCUCCGCCGCCUCCAUGACCUCUGCUGGAGCUACAUCUGCCUCUUCUAUUCACGUUCCUGUCUCUGUUCUGGGGGCAGGACCCGCAGCUGCUGCUGCCCCGGAAGAAAUGUACAUGCCAAGAGUUGUGACUUCAGCACAGCAGAAGGCUGGGAAGACAAUUACAGCUCGGAUCACAGGACGGUGUGAUUUUGCUUCCAAAACUAGAAUCAACAGCAGUUUGGCUAUCAUGGGAGUUUCUCCUCCCAUGAGCUCGGUUGUCGUGGAGAAGCAUCAUCCAGUCACAGUGCAAACCAUUCCUCAGGCAGCUGCUGCCAAGUACCCACGGACCAUCCAUUCCGAAGGCGCCAUCCCAGCUUCUAGGUCUCUCGGAGCCAGGCCAACACACACCCAGUCUCUCUCCAGUGUUCAGUCCAUAAAAGUGGUUGACUGAGUGACUGUGUUCACACUCAGGCUUUUCAGUCCUCUGAUAAGGACUUGACUGGGAGCAAGAAGAUUUUGUUUUUGACUUUUCUGUACUCUUAGAACAUCAUGGACACAUGUUCAUCUUUUCAGAAUUCUAAGAGACUUUCCCAUCCUUUGUAACUGUAUGUAAAGAUUAUUUUAAUGUUAUUUUUAUUUAAACAAUUAAGUAGAACUUUUUAAUUAAAAAAAAAAACUUGGUUCUAAACAUG